UCUUCAAGUUUGAAUAUAUUACUAUAGUCUUUUUCUAAUUUGCUUUUUAAAAAAUAAGCCAUACACAUUCAUCAAAUCCAUAUUCAUGCAGCUGUUACAUUAUAUUAUAUCCUUACUCCCUUUUUGAGUGUGUGUGUGUGUAUAUGUGUUUAAUUAUAUUCCCUCAUCUCCAUCUCAAUCUCAAUCAUGUUUCCACUUUGAUUCUGAUCUAUCUGGAUAUCACAAUUCUACAUUCAUGACUUCAUAACCUUAAUGAAGAUCACCAAAGGUCAUUUGGGUCUCCAUCGUCGUUCUUGAUUUUUUUCUCUGGCAAUGGGAUCCACAAAUCUUGGUCCCAUCACCAUUGUAUUCUUCUUCUACGUCAUCUCUAUGGUUCAUUGCAUCAACAACAUUCAAGAACUGGACGAUCAGAUCCGUUCAUACGCAGCUCGUGCCAAUAAAGGAAGACACACAGGCUCCUUGUACGAGCUUUCACUUCCCGCGAAUCUCUCCGACGUCGAAGCAUCGGUCGUUACGGUCCGUAACAGUGUGUUCUGGAGGAAAGGAGCGAAUUUUAGUGGAGUCUACGUUCCUCCCAUGGUCAAAACGACGCCGUACGCUAAGAGGAUAGCUUUUGUCUACGAGACUUUUGGUGAUUACUCUUCGUCGGUUUACUUCCGGUUGGCUGAUGAUAAUUACUCUUUUAUUUCACCGGUUAUUGGAUUCACAGCAUAUGACGCGACAAACACGAAUAAUCUCAAAAGAUUGAAUCUCUCGAUCGAUGAAGACAAUCCAAUAUUGAUCAAAUUUGAUUCUUAUUACGUUUCACAUAAUCAAAGAAGAGGAAUCAAAUGCAUAGCCUUGGGAGAUAAUAAUGAGUCGUUGAAGUUCAGUAAUACGACACGGAAUUACAGUUGUGCCACUACGAAUUCUCGUGGGCAUUACGCGCUUGUGGCUCCGAACCAAAAACACAAUCCGACAUCCAAACAAGAGCUGGCUCGGAGGAAGUGGUGGUGGAUUGCUUUGACCAUCAUAGGAAUCUCGGUUUUGCUUGCUGCGGUGAUAGGUGUUGUGGUGAAGUUAGUGAGGAAAAAGAGGUUCAAAGAGAUGGAAAGAGAGUCUGAGAAGAGCGAGACGGUCGGAAAUAUUUGGAUUGGUCAGAGUAGAAUGCCCGCGGCAACUAUGGUGAGAACUCAGCCGUGUUUGGAAUAUCAUGAAGAUUUUCCUUCUUCAAAUUAAUUAAUAUACCUUGAGUUUUGUAGUUUAUUCUCGAAAAUUUACCUUGGCUUGGCUGCUCUGUAC